CAGAGUGAGUCUAGUAGUAGUGCCUGCACUUCUCUUCUCUUCUCUUCUCUGCUAUCUAACUAUCUUCUAUCAACAGCUUCUCUUCUUCUUCUUCUUCUUCUCCAAAUCCAACCGAACCCUAACACCACCGCUCCACGCCGUUGAGCCAUGGAUUCUCCGGUGACGGUAGCUCUUGCUCUCUCACUUGUUGGUGGAUUCAGUACUUCCAUCGGUGCACUUUUUGUGAUUGUUAAUCCAGCUCCCAAUUUGAAGAUGCUUGGUCUAUUACAGGGUUUUGCUGCUGGUUUGAUGCUGAGCAUAUCGUUCUUCGAUCUCGCUCACAAUGCUUUAAACUCACUGGGCUUCUUGAAGGGAAACCUUUGGUUUUUUGCUGGUGUACUAUUCUUUGGUGUUAUUGCCAGUUUCAUCCCAGAGCCAUCACUUGCUCCCACUUCGAAUACGAAAAGUAGAAAGAAAAAUGGGGAUGAAGAAAGCAAGGAUGGUAUGAAAAAGCAUCGGAGGCAAGUUUUAUUCAGUGGAAUUGUUACAGCUGUAGGUAUAAGUUUACACAAUUUUCCAGAAGGAAUGGCAGUAUUCCUUGGGUCCAUGAAGGGCCUCCGCGUUGGCCUCAACCUAGCAUUGGCCAUAGCUCUGCACAAUAUCCCUGAGGGUGUUGCUGUUGCACUUCCUGUUUAUUUUGCGACAGAAAGUAAAUGGCAGGCAUUCAAAUUGGCAUCACUUUCUGGCUUUGCCGAACCUCUGGGUGUCAUAAUUGUAGCUUAUCUAUUCCCGAGCAGCUUAAAUCCUGAGAUUCUGGAAGGUUUACUUGGAUCAGUUGGGGGAGUUAUGGCUUUUCUCACUCUUCAUGAAAUGCUGCCCUUGGCUUUCGAUUACGCGGGACAAAAGCAAUCUGUUAAGGCUGUCUUUCUUGGGAUGGCUUUCAUGUCCGCAAGCCUGUAUUUUCUAAGUAUCUGCUUGCCAGAGGAUCUAAGCUUGUAGAUGGGAUUAACCUCUUCUUUUCUGAAUGUCAUGAAUUCCACAGUAUCACUGUGGUGUGGUGUGGUGUGUCUUCUGAUGGUAUAACCAGUUAGUUGCAGUGGAAUUCCUUCAGAAGGAGCCUUUCAAACAGAUCAAUGAUAAUAAUGUACAGCCAUCAGACAUCAAUAUAGAGGAAUACAUUGCACCUAUGAUUAGGGUUUUCCCUAUUGACGAAUGUACACAACAAUUUAGAGAGAAUAAGAGUAUGCUGAUUCUUAAUUCGACCACUGGCCUUGUAUUAUAUCAUCUCAGAGAUCUUAUGUUUUCA